AUGACAUCCACAAUGAGUCGUUCCGAGGACACUGUACGUGCGACGCGCUUUAAUCGUGGCGAGGCGGAUGAAAGUGACAUGGAAAAUGGAACUCCGGAGUCAAGUGGAUUUCUACAAACACACCGCGGUGACUCCCCAUAUCCUGACGAAGAGGGAAGCCGGCCCAACACUGCUUUAGGAGAUACCCCGGAGAGUUCUAGCAAGGAAGCGAUUGGACCAAAAACGCUCAGUCCCGAGGAAACCAUCGAGCUCGCGCGACAUGCUGUCGAGAGUGGGAUCCAAGAUACUAAGCGCUCUCUGGCAGGAAGCGAGGCCGUCACAGAUGUGGUCAAGCCGAAGCUGACCAUUGACCUUGGGCAUUCACAUAUCGCCCGGAUUCCUGAACCAGUCGUUGACUUGAUCAAAGAUGAGGUUGAACGGUUGUCUCUGUCGAACAAUCAACUUUUCCAUAUCCCCUAUCGAUUUGCAGAGUGUUCCCAUUUACGCUAUCUGAACAUCAGAGCGAACAACUUUCGUGAAUUCCCUAAAGGAGUUUACAAAUUGCCCUUGCUCGAGAUCCUUGAUUUGAGUCGAAACAAAAUUAAGGAAUUGCCGAACGAAAUUAGCAAAUUAAAAUCACUGCGGGUGCUGUCAGUGAUGCAAAACCGCCUGACUGACCUUCCAGUCGGCCUUUCCGAAAUGCACAAGCUUCAAAUCUUCAAAUGUGCCGGAAAUCCUUUAUGCCAGCCACUGCGUGAGAUUCUAGAGGAAGCGGAGGGCGAGACGACACCCUCUGGGAUGACAGAUAAUGAGAAGGAAGUUGCAGCCACGACCAAACUCAAGAGAUAUUUCAAGAAAACCAGACAAACAGCAAAUACACCGGAGCCAGAGAUAUUUACUGAGACAAGUGACAGUAGUUUUGAGGCUAAACCAGCACCAACACCGAUCCCCUCGAAGCGGAAUUUGAGUGGCCGCUUCCCAGUAAUUCCUAGCACCGGUGAUAGCUCAGCAAGUUCAUCGCGCUCCCCAUCAAUAUCCCGGCCGCCGCCAAUCCCAAUGAAAUCACAUUAUCGAAUGGCUUCUGGGCAACAGGGAGCUACCUACCACAUGCCGGGCCUCCAAAGGCCUGGCGUCGCACCCCAUGCUAUCAACGAGCGCAAUCGGAGCAAUAGCGAGGGCAUCAUUCAAGGAUCAUCUGCUCGUAGCAAACGAAUGGGACUGAUCACUCGCAAGAACACUGAUUUGGGUACGCUGGAUGAAACGCGCCCAUAUAAAAACAGUCACCUACGGGGUCUCAGCCAUGGGUCUGUGCUUCGACAUCGUCAGGCUGCAGCACCAAUAGCCACCAAUGAAAACAAUUCUCCAAGCCCAAGCAGCCCAAGAGAGCAGCGACGCCCGCGAGAUGGUUGGGUGAAUCGGAUGUCUAGUCUGCCUGAACACAAGGGUGAGCGUGGAUCCGAUCAACCGAUCAUCAAGAGUGCAAAAGGAAUUCUAUUUGCUCUCGCUCAAGUUCAUUCCCACAUCGAUACGUUGAUCAACGUGAUCAAGCACGAUGACACCAGACGGCAUAGCCUCGAGCUUGUCUUUUACAAUGCUUCCUCCCACGUAGAUCAACUCAACGAUGCCCUCGAAAAAGCAUCGAAUACUUUGCUCAAUGACUCAGAGUCGACCACCUCGGUCGCAGAAACGGUCAAACGGGAAUGCGAGACGUGCAUCGCCGCCUAUGUUCACGUUGGCACACAGCUACGCAAUAACACCGCCAAAAUCGUUUCGAACGGCGAUCCACGCUAUGUACGAUCGCUGAUGCUGACGCUGUUUGGUAGCCUGGUGGAACUGCGAAAUGCUUGCAUUAUUCUUAAUGUGCCGCUUCAAACCAUCAACAAACGUGUCUCCGCUACAAAGCGCUUGGUUGGCCCCAGUAACCCUCUGCCCCCGGUCCCAGGCCGGCCUCAACACUCGGUGGGUACACCAACAAGAGAUCCCGCGCCGCCCACUCGGCGAUUGCGAAGCGACACGACGAUUCGACAUCCCCAAUAUCCCAUGACUAUGACUUCAAGUCACACUGGCACUAGCUCCCCUGGUUUCUCCACUCCGUAUUCACGCAGCCGCUCGAGCAGUAGAUCGAACAUGACUAAUAUAUCUGUGCCACACUCGCUGGCCACCCCUCGCUCAGGCGAAAGCUUCCCUCCAAUGCCGGUUCCUGCGGGUCCUAGAGUUAAUACAUUGACGGGGCUGGACGAAAAUGAGGAAGAGCGAAUCUUCGAGAAGAUCUUCCAUCAACUCAACUCCACAUACAAUGCCGCAUACAGCGCACUCCCACUAGCCCGUCGACAAUUCAUUCGGUGUCUAGAAGCCGCCCAGCAGUCACGAGACUCGGAGGGAAUCCAAAUACUCUGGAAUAACCUCAUCCGUCGAUGUCAAUUUUGCCUGGAAGUUUCGGAUGCCCUGGGACAGCGUCUUACCACCAUGAAAAUCAAAGAACCAGGUGGCGGCCUACGUAACCAACGCGAGUUCUGGCAACUAUGCAAAUCUUUCAUGCAAUCAUUUGUGGAUCUGGUGAAUGAGAUGCGCGAAGUGAGAAGCAUGCAACUUCUUCCUGCCGACAUCAUCAUUCUCUUGCGCCCAGUCCAAAAAGCAAGCCGGGAAGCAGGCCGUUUGAUCGAGGUGUCUCCUUGGGCCUACCUCGCAGACCCGGACCGUCACCCUCCCCCUGGCAACCUAUAUGGCCCUCCGCUACAGACUCCACAUUUGCAACACCAGACAUCCGUCUCAACCUCUAUCCUCACCAACAACUCUUACCAUCUCAACAUGAUGAUGCCUCCGCACUCAAUUGCCGUCCCCGCCACCCCGCUAAGUGCGGCGCUUGGCCCUGCCGCGCAGGCCACCGUUCCGUCCACACCGGCGAGUGCAUAUAGUGACAAGUUCUUCGAGGGUGACGUCUUCCAACGCGCUGAUUCACUUCUUUCAUCGAACCACGGUCCCUUCUUUCGUCGCUAA